AUGCAUUUGAUCAAGGGCAAGAUGCGCCAGGAGGAUGACUCCGACUCUGAUGAAUCCUUUCACUGUUGCGGAAGACCAGAGGACCUUCUUGAAGAAUUUCUCUCCUCGAUGGAAGCUCCCAGCCCGGAUGGGAAUGAAGUCCGCGUCCCCGACGACCAAGAAUACUACCUUUACUCGGCUGGUCUUGAACGACUGAACUCCCCCGGCCAUGGACCAAACCGCGGCCCACAUUCAUCAAUUCACGCCUACCCACGCGUCUCAACUGUCUAUUCUUCUGAUUCCGAUCGCACUCGAGUCGCCAGCCCGCUCCUGAUCAUCAAAACUGGCGAGGUGGCCUUGCCAUCCUCUUCACGCGACAUGAGCACUACCCUCGUGCAAUUAGUCAAGCCUAGCCAGCCUCCCAAGCCAACGAAGAAGCCAAAAUGGAAGAUUCAAAUUCGUCCGCCCCACGGAUUUCUCCGCAUGGCCAUCAGUCCACCCGAUGACAGCCCGCCAAAUCCCGAGCUUCCGACGGCCCAAACCUCAGCCCUUCAUCCUACUCCACCACCAACAUCGUCUGAUCGUCGACGGGGAAUGGUGUUCAACCCGAGCAGUCUCCCUGCGCAAUUGAAGGAGCUUGCCGAGACUGAAGCUUCAGAUGGAAGCGGUACUUGA